ACCGUACUCACGACGUGAACCUUCAACUCAAUAACGCGUCUUCCCGCGGCCGCCAUUCCGCCCAUCGCACGCACACACCACCCCCCACGCACACACACACAUACAAUAUACUAUGGCAUCGCCCACGUCGCUCGCCCCGGAUACAGAUGACGAACUGCAGCUGCUCGCAGACACCCUCGAGGUUGUGCCAAAGCCUAACGAGGUCGAGCCCGAGGGCCUGCGCCAGCUGCUCGAUGACCGGAUAGAGGAGCUGCGCCAACUGCUCGAUACGCUAGGCAAGAACGAUGCCAGUAGGAACAAACUCAAAGAAGGGAAGCUGAACAUUGGCGGCGAGGAUUUCCAGCUCAACGAGGCGUUCCAGCAGGAGGCGACACAGCUGUCGGACGAUUUCAACAUGGAUGAGAUUGCGGCGGCGAAGCUGUUGCAGCGCGGCGACCAGAAGCGCGAGGAGCUCGAUCGGUCCGCGCUGCAGAGCGCGAAGUUCCUCUACCACACCCGGCGAAAGAAUAUCCUCCAGUCCAUCCGGUUAAUACUCUCGUAUGUGGGCGACGUCAAUGUCGGGAGCUCAGACACACGACACAUGCUCAAUACCGCAACGGAAAAGCUGCUCGAGAGGAAGGAUGGCCGCAGUUUUGCAGAUAGGUGCAUCUCGGCGAUGGUGUCAGUUAGACAGGCGGUCCAGCAGCUGCGAGAUAAGGAGAAGCACGCUCACACCCUCGGAAUGGCGCCGGACCCCGGACUCAAGGAGGAUUUGGAUCUUCAGCUGCGCUUCCUGCGGAAUCAGCAUGAGAUGCUGGCUGUCAUCCUUUACCACCUAGUCAAACUCAGGCGGACUGGCGUCUCCGAACUUAGGAGGCUGCUGGAUACGAUGAGGACACUCGACCGUUACGACGUCUUUACGGCGCAUCACAUACUUCCGCUAUUUGCGUCCAUCACAUUCCUGUGCGCUAUGGAGUCACCUCUGAGCUUCGAGGAAACCAUUCAACUGCACAAAGAGAUCGCCAAGACGUACACUGAGAACCAUUGGCCGUUGCGGUAUUGCCAGGCUGGAAUAUACCUUUGGUGGCUGAGCGAAUUCAAUGGACUGUGCAAUGAUCCCCCGGCCGGCCAUGCCCCAAGCAAGGCUUCGCUAGAUUACUACCAGGACAUACAGAACCCGGCCAAGGUGGCCCUGACGGAUGGCGGACUAGAGCUCGUAAUGGGCCUGUCGGCAGACAUCGCUCAGGAACAGCGCCUAAACUCGUCGAAAGAAGACUUGCAUCGGUUCUUGCAGACGCGGGUACCGCCAUUAGAAGACGUGGCGAUGCUGCUGCCCGAUUUCAGGGGUGCUCUCACAGGCCAAUUCGAGCUGUUUAUCGAUAGUAUCAUCGCGAAUCUGGCGAGCCUCUUGCAGACCAUCAAGACCGCCGAAGAAGAGGACGAUAUCAUGAACCUGCGCACUUACGAUUAUGAGCUGGAAAGGUUCUUCUUGAUCGUCCACUACACGUUCGACGGGCGGCCGGAGAUGGGUAUGACGUUCUGGGGUGAUCCCGAGGGCAAUCUGUUCGGGUUCCUCCGGUGGGCGGCAAAAAACCAGACGCCGUUCAUGGUGGCGACAUUCUGCUACAUGCUGGCGUCGAUCUCGUAUGGUACUGAGUGUGCUGCAGCGGCGCAUAAGUUUUUGAUCGACGAGACAAAUGUAGGAGCAUUAAACCGGAACCGCCGUGGGGAGUCGUUGAAUUGGACCUUCAUCUUCAAGCAUGUGAGAGUCUACCUGGCAGAGCUCGGGAAACGCCAACAAGCACUGGUUCCCAAUCCAGCGUACCGCAUGCCGCCGCCGCCGGUCGAAUCAACUGAGCCUGCCCCGCACCUUAGUAUGGAGCUGGAUGGAAUGUUGCGUCUGACCGGUCAACUCGCUGCGGAUUGUCCCGAGGCGAGGCAAUGGCUGCGUGGCAAUACGGAAUACAACAUCGUCAGCGGUCUGUUCGAACUACUCAAUCUGCAAGCCUCCACACAGCUGUGGGACUCCAUCUUCGCCGCGAUCACCGCGCUUCUGACCGACAAGGACGAAGCUUUCCGGGACGAAGUGUGGAAGUGUCUCGAUGAUUGGGCUAUGGGAUCACCGGCACCUCCCUCCUCGUUGCAACUUGGUGCGAGCACGGCAGUCGCCACCCCCUUUGCGCAAGGCGGAUCCGAGAAUCUCGACUUGGUGAUCCGCGCAGUUCAUCCUGCCGAAGCCUUCACUCGCCUGCUUGCGAAAUUGGUAGAGCCAUACGAGGGAGCAGGCGAACUCAGAGAUGCCGUUCCGUUCCCCGAGAAUCUCGGGAGCAACAACCGGAUGUCGGGAAUGGUGCCGUACGUCGACUUCAUCAUGCGGACCAUAUUCAACAACACCACCGUCCAAAACCUUCCGCGGGAAUCGGCGGUCAACUCCGAUAGAGUGGAAACCGUUUCGGAGAAGCUGCUUCGAGUACAGUAUCGACGGUUCAGACCGGCACUCCAGCUUAGCUGCCUUCAGUUUAUGUACGACUGUCUGGCUAGCUUCAACGAUGAUCUGCUGGACUUGGCCCACAAGGGCUUUGUCGUUGACGGUGGCCUGCGUGCGUCCUCGCUACUUACGUAUACGAAACUUCAUCCCUUCGGACGCGUCAUGGAACAUAUCUUGACGGAGAAGUGUCUGAAUGUCUUGUUCGAGAUUCUGCAGCUUGGUGUCGAGGACUUGUACGGAAAUGUUGAACCAUCGAAUGCGGUUGUCGACACCAUCUGGUACACGAUCCGAAUCCUCGAUUUAGCGAUUCAGAUGCAGCCUACGUAUCUGCGUGUUGUACGGCCGUUCAUCAAGCAGGAUGAAGGGGCGAGGCGGGCAAACAUCAUCGGUAAUAGCUUCGAAAAGCUGGAAAAGGCAGUCCACUACCGGUUGGACACUAUUGUCAACUUGGGGUUGUACGUUGGUGCAAGUCAGCACAACAUUGUGCUGGAUUCAAUCAAAUUACUGGAGAAGCUCACUAUAUCGCCCGAGUUCACGACUUCGACGGAGGCCAGUUAUGGGCGGCCGUCAUCCGUGAACAGGGCACUCGGCGCCGUGGAACAGAGCCCCGAAUCGAAGAGGAUCCUGUUCAACUUUAUUCAGCAGUGGCAAUUCCCGGAUGAGAAUCAACUCGAGAAUUGGGGGUUCCCGCUCAAGAUGCCAAUUCUGAGGUUCUUGGAUAACAGUCUGGCGGCUCAGCCGAAUUCCUUUACUCUGGCCCAUCUGGUACUGGGGUUCGGCCACGACACUAAGGCGGGCGGCAUCGAGUUGAGUAUGGAACCCGGUGGUGUGGGAUCGGGCGUAUCGUUACUUCACCAGGUUCUCUAUGCUGCGAUGGAGGCAAAGGAGUGUGUCGACGAGAACGGGGCACUGACGUACAUUCCGGCGUACUGUGAGCUCAAACAUGCGUGCUUCUCGAUACUUCAGCGGUUGUGGAGUGCACCGUCAACCUCCGGCGACGUCCUAUACAUCCUGCGGAUGAACAAGUUCUUCCUCCAGGGCUUCUUGUCCGAAUCAACCAUCACUCCAGCCACCCUGUGGGGCAUCCAUCCGAAUAGGGUCGCGAUCGAGCCCACCCCACAGUUUUUCGAACACGGCGCCUGUGCCUUUGCAGACUUUUUGGAGCGGCGGACAGCGUUGUUUAAUUAUACGGCACUCGAAAUCCGACAGCUGUCGCUACAAGGCGCAUCCACAAUGGUACAGCGAUACCUCUCGACGCUACUGGGGACAACGAUGUUAGAAAACCAGAGAGUGUCCAAUGUUCACAUCCUGGACCUGCUGGACUUUUUGGAGUUUACGUUCCCGGAGCGGACAAAACAGCCCCAGGUGCAGUGGAUCCGCGAUAUCAACUUGUCUGCCUUCGAAGAGGAUGAUGCCUCUGGAGCUCCGGUGUUCAACGUGGACAAGGUCGUCGAGUUCCUGCAAAUCAAGAAGAAUGAGCGGUUUAGAUCCGCCGGCAUUGUUAUGGAAUACGGCCAACACCAGCAGGUGGAUGACGAGAUCGAAGUCGUCCGCAGGCACCUGAAUUGCGAGAACCUGCUGCGACGGUGCAGGAGGGCGCGGAUACGGUGUCUGGGGGCUUGGAGCACUCUGGUGAUCAUGAUGCUGGAGGACUGCGACAUGGAGCGGAUGUCUAAAACGGGCUUUAUCCUUCAGGCGCUGCAAGCCGUCCUGCCAAAACUGGAACUUUUCAGUGUUGACGAUGUCGAUGCGGCGCAAGUACUCAGCGAGCUCGCACAUUCAUUGAUUUCCCACCUUCCGUUCGACGCUACGACAUUCGGUGUUGGCAGGGGCAGCGACCUGGCGAAUGAUCGGUUAUACCAGCUUUUCCGGGUUUCUCUGCGUUCCAUACAGUCGCCUUCCGCCACCGCGAAGCUGAGGGAGGACUUUUACAAUAUCGCUUUGCAGUACUUGAACGGCAUGGCUGCGGUUUCGGGACAGAACCCUGGUUCGCGGCGACACAGUACACAAACUGUCAAGGCGUCGGGAGACAAGCUGCUGGAAGUCGUGUGCAACGAUGCAUACUCAGGCGACGGAAGGUGUAAGGUUGUCUCGUUAUUGCUGCUCGAGGCUCUGGCGGCGGUUGCGGCGGAAGAAGGCUCGUCGUUCGUCAUCGAGACACUCGUGAAGCAGAAUUUCUUGGUCGUGUUGGUUGAUUCCAUCAAGACCAUCGCACAGGACGUGGAGUCGACCCGGACAGAAGAUAUCAAAGGGAUCAUGAUUGCGUUCAAAGCUGCGACCGGCUUCCUCAUACGGAUAUCGCAAUCCCGGUCCGGCGCCGCGCAAGUGAUCAACUCGGGCCUCUUCCAGGCGCUCCGCGAGUGCCGACUAUUCUCGCUCGACCCGGACCUCGGCCUGCAACUCGAGCAGCCGCUGAACCUGCAGUGCUACUACGAGUUGCUGCUGGAGAUCAUGCGCGUGGUCGUGUCGUGCAUCCUUUCCCGCGGUCCGCAGAAUAGACAGGCUAUCGACAGCGUAAAGCUGUUCCUCCUUGAUAACCGCAACCUCGCCCUCACUAUCUUUAAGCGCCAUGCCGGCAUCGGCGGCGCGAAGGGCCUCGAGGGUGCGGGAGACCUGAAGACACUCGUAGAUAUGUUUGUCUUGCUCUACUCGCUGACGGAGUUCAUCGAUGAUGGCAGCGAGAAUUAUUAACGGAUGGAUGGAUGGACGCAUGGGUUGGGCUGGGUUGGGUCUGGUUGGGUUUAAUGAGUAUCACGAAGCUGCAAGCUGCGGGUGCCAGGGGGGAGUGGACGUGGAAGCUGUUCGAUAUAUGGGGGUUUCUCUUUUCUUCUUUUGUGUUUCUUUUGUAUUUCUUUUGCAAGCAUGGUCAUUACCAUUUUGUCAGCUUAUCUUGUUCCACCACGUUUGUUUUUUGUUUUUGUUUUUGUUAUGUGUGCGCGUUUAUGGUGCAAAUAUCAACUAUGGUGAGGUUGGGUUGAAAAGUUUCGUUCUUAUUGCGAGAUUGAUUGAUUGGUUAUUUGGGUACCUGGGUGGAUGGGCAUGAGCUGGUGUCAUUUGGGGGGACGGGAG